AUGGCCUUACUGGGGCAGCCGGGUUUGACUGGUGACUCGGACCGAUGGAUAUGGACUUUAGAUGGGUCGGGUGCUUUUUCUGUGCAGUGUGUUAAAGCUGCCCUUAAAAGGCAGCAGCAUGUACCUUCUCCCUACACUAUUAAACAUAAUAACUGGGUCCCCAAGAAGGUUGAGAUUUUAGCGUGGCGGGCUGAAAUGGAGAGGCUUCCAACUAAGUGUGCUUUGGAGCGGCGCAACAUAAACGUAGGUUCCAUCUUGUGUCCGAUAUGCAGUGAACAUAACGAGACGGCCGAGCAUUUGUUGGUAUCCUGUGGUUUUGCUCAAGCUAUCUGGCAGGCGAUUUCAUUAUGGCUCAAGAUACCUCCUAUUUUUGCUUUUGGAUUAAAAGAUAUUUUGGAGCUACACAAUUUUGUGGGAGUGUCAUUAAAGUCCAAGAAGGCGGUGUAUGCCGUGUGCCUAUCGGUGAUGUGGUGUGUGUGGAAAGCACGUAAUGAGCUGAUUUUUAACCAGACUGGAUGGUCUUUGGAGAAGGUCGUGGGUGACAUCAAAGCUCUAAGCUUCUUGUGGGUUAAAGCCAGAUCAAAACAUCCAGGUCUUGACUGGAAAAUUUGGAGUGGGUUUAACAUGUAUCAGCUGGGAUGGUAG